AUGGGAGAAUGGACGAUUUUGGAGAGGCUGCUGGAGGCGGCUGUCCAGCAGCACUCCACCAUGAUUGGAAGGAUCCUGCUGACAGUGGUGGUGAUUUUCCGGAUCCUGAUCGUUGGCAUCGUGGGGGAGAAGGUGUACGAGGAUGAGCAAAUCAUGUUCAUCUGCAACACCAUGCAGCCCGGCUGCAACCAGGCCUGCUACGACAAGGCCUUCCCCAUCUCGCACAUCCGCUACUGGGUCUUUCAGAUCAUCCUGGUGUGCACACCGAGCCUGUGCUUCAUCACAUAUUCUGUUCAUCAGUCCGCCAAGGCACGUGACCGAAGCUAUUCUCUCCUGCAUCCCUAUAUGGAUCACCAUGGUCAUGGUCACCACGGUCGCCAUCACGAUCAUCACGCUCGCAAGCUUCACUCUCGCAACAUCAACGGCAUCCUGCUGCACCCCGACAGCAGUAAGGAGGAUCACGACUGUGAGGUCAAGGAGAUCCCUAAUGGACCCCGAGGACUCCCUCAAACAAAGAGUUCUAAAGUGCGACGGCAGGAAGGCAUCUCGCGCUUCUACGUCAUCCAGGUAGUGUUCCGCAACAUGCUGGAGAUCGGCUUUCUGGCCGGCCAGUACUUCCUGUACGGCUUCAACGUACCAGGGAUGUUUGAGUGUGAUCGAUACCCAUGUGUGAAGGAGGUGGAGUGUUACGUGUCUCGUCCCACAGAAAAGACCGUGUUUCUGGUCUUUAUGUUUGCCGUGAGUGGCGUUUGUGUGCUGCUCAACCUGGCUGAGCUCAACCACCUUGGCUGGCGGAAGAUAAAGACGGCCAUGCGAGGGGUGCAGGCUCGAAGAAAGUCCAUUUGUGAAGUGCGCAAGAAGGAUGUUUCACACCUGUCCCAGACCCCCAACCUGGGCAGGACCCAGUCUAGUGAGUCAGCCUACGUCUGA